AAAGUAGUAAGAGAUUGUUUUUAACAUGAAGCCUGCGGUGGAUGAGAUGUUCCCUGAGGGGGCCGGACCCUAUGUGGAUCUGGAUGAGGCUGGAGGAAGCACAGGGCUUCUGAUGGAUUUGGCAGCAAACGAAAAGGCAGUUCAUGCAGACUUUUUCAAUGAUUUUGAAGAUAUGUUUGAUGAUGAUGACAUCCAGUGAUAUGCUUUUAGGUGCAGACCUCUUCCAUCUGUGGUUAUUGAAGGACCAUGCUACCCUGAGUGUCCCAUGAAGCAUAAGAACUAUGUCAAAUAUUUAUUUUUGUCUUGUAAAUAAAAGUACCUAAUAAUAAAAAAAAAAAAAAAAAA